UUGGUCUCUUCAAGGUGCAAAGUUUUAAAAAGUUCACGAAUUUUUUUAUUCUUGUGCUAAAUUCAGUAAUAACUGAACGCUUAUUGCUGAAAUGCAGCAUGAACUAGUUUAACGAAAAAUGAAUCUCAGCUUUAGGACAGAAGCAAGACAUGGUUAUGCAGUAGAAUAUUCUCCAUUCUUCCCUCAAAGAUUGGCCACUGCAACUUCUCAGCAUUUUGGCAUAGCAGGUUGCGGGACACUCAUAGUUCUAGAUAUCACUCCGAAGGGACUUGUGCUCGCUCGGGCCCUUGACUGGAAUGAUGGCCUCUUUGAUGUCACUUGGAGUGAAAAUAACGAGAACAUUUUAGUAACAGGAAGUGGAGACGGAAGUAUUCAAGUAUGGGAUAUUGCUCAACCAAAGCCUGCUCCUAUACAAGUGUACAAAGAACAUAGUAAAGAGGUUUACAGUGUUGAUUGGAGUGUAACGAGAAAUACCAACCUAUUGCUCAGUGGCUCUUGGGAUGGACAAAUAAAAUUGUGGGAUAUUCACCAGCCCAAGUCUCUUAACACAUUCCAAGGGCAUGAACAUUUAGUCUACAGUGCAAUAUGGUCUCCGCAUAUAACUGGCUGCUUUGCUUCAGCAUCAGGAGACCGAACUUUAAGAGUAUGGGACGUGAAGAAGCCCUAUAUGGCCCAGGUGACCAUUCCUGCUCAUGAUUCUGAAAUCCUCACUUGUGAUUGGUCCAAAUAUGACCAGCAUCUGAUGAUAACUGGUGCAGUAGAUUGUUCAAUACGUGGUUGGGAUCUCCGGCAACCAAAACAACAUGUAUUUGAACUGAAAGGACAUCAGUAUGCUGUUAGGAGAGCUAAGUGCUCACCGUUUGUUGCUAGUCAAAUUGCCAGUUGUAGCUAUGAUUUUACAGUCAGAUUAUGGGACUUCAAGCAGCCCCAUCCUAUUGAGACCAUAGAACACCACACAGAGUUUAUUUGUGGACUUGAUUGGAACUUACACAUUCCAGGGCAGAUCGCUGACUGUUCUUGGGAUGAACAGGUUAGAGUGUACUCUCCACAAAGUAUAGCAAACACAAGGACAUAAGGAUAUAUCAUAUAUACUGAUAAUAUCUCCACAAGGACUUAUUAGAGAGAGUGUAAACUGAUAAUAUCUCGAGUGAAGAAAUGAAGACGUUAAGUGUGUAUGUAAAGGAAAAAUCAAUUUCGAUUUUAGGGGCAAAAUGAGGCCUUCUGUCGCUCUCAUGAAAAUAUGAAAUAUUUUAGUAAAGUGAUUGGUUAAUCAGAUAUUGCUCGAGAUGGUCAAUCUUCCCAUCCAAUAUAGGGAUAUAAGGUUGAGUUGAAAUAAAAAUAAAAAACAGGGGUUUGAUCCUAGACUACAAGUGAAUUUGUAUAUCUAUCUCAGUCAUUUUGAGUAUUACUUAGUCAGUUAGUAUGUUCAAUAAAACGACAUUUGGUUUGCAAUGAGUGCAAUCUAUGAUAUUUAUUAUAUACAAUAUUUUAGUGAAAAUUGUACAAUUGUUUGAUUGUAAACUUAUAAUUUAACAAUAAAUAC